AUGGCGUUCUUCAACAAUCACACCCUAGCGCUGGACGCGCUGGGGACGUCUGGAUUCGUGGUUCCCACGGAGCAGCGGGCGGCGAUGGAUACGUCGCUGGUGAUCAAGAAGGAGGAGGCGGGGUUGAGCACCCUGGGCUUUUGGGGGAGAGUUUACACGCUCACAGGCAAGGAUUAUCUGGUAGCGCAGGGCUGCAAUGGGAUCCAGACCUCGGACGAUCGUAUCAAUGUCGAUGUGAAGUGCUACUACAGCUUGGAUGGAGCAAAGUGGUUGGAUCUUCAGCCUCUCACGGAUGAUGCUUACGACAUUUGCAAGACUAUCCAGGGAGGAUUUAAAGGCGAUCCCAGCCAAAGGUACAAGGCUCUUGUUCGUGUCCCUCCGCCACCUCCGACGCCGCCAGCUCCUCCAAGUAAAAACUCGGCCCUCGCUUUCGCUUUCGCUUCCUCAACAAGAAAGGCGGCUGCUCCUAUAGAGGGUGAGAAUCCAGACGCACCAAAGGUGGAGGAAGUUGAGAAGCCGGCAGAGGCCGAGGUGACCACGGACAAUCCGGAGGGACAAGAAGAAGAGGAAGAAGGCGAGGAAGGCGAAGAGGGCGCAAAGAAGAAAAAGAAAAAGAAGGAUCCCAACAUGAAGACUGUGGAAUUUGGCGAGCUGGACAGGCUCUCCGCCUUGAUAAGAGCAGUUGACGAGGAGUGUGGAGUGAUGCCAGUGAAUGCGCUGGUCCUAAACGCCAGGAAACAGCUCGUUCCAAACACACUGUUCUCAGGAGUAAAGUUCCCAGAGAAGCUCGAUUCCUAUGGUCAUCUCUAUCAGCGCUACGAAGACACUCUUCUCUCCAAAGACAUCACAGGAUCAUGGAGCGUCCAAAUGACUCCCAUCACCGGAGAUGUGAUCCUGCGAAGCCUUUGGUGGCCUGGAUACUCCUUCUACUACAACGCGUCUACCAAGGCGUAUGGCUCCUUGUACUUUGGAAUGGGAGACAAGAACCUCGACUUCGCGUUCAUGGUUGGCUGAGUAGCGGUGGAGUGUAGCAUCUUUCACUGUAACAUACUCGCGAGAUCAAACGCAACCUUUGAUUCACACAAAA